AUGGCGGCACAACAGACCAUCAUCGCCGAGACGAUACGCGGCAUGAAGCUGGCCAUGCGCCGCCGCGACAACGAUUCCGACUCAGACACGACCAUCACGCAGCCCACCAACCGCGGCAACAAGCUCAAACGCAAUGCUCGCCAUGUACACGAGGGUCGCCUCGACACUACACACGGCCGCAGCUACAAGAAGCGUAUCGACUAUGCUGGCUACGACCGCUACAUCCUGAGCGAGAACCCUCUGCGCUUCGACGACGACGGCGAUCUCAUAGACGAAGACGAAUACGAUCCCGACGACCAAGACAGCGACCAUCAAAAUGCCAAUCCAUGGGCCGACACAAAACUCGAGGACUUGCUUGCCCCCUUGACCUCUGCCGCCGAACUCGCCCACCACCCCUCACUCUCGGUGCCCUUUCUCUCGAGGCCCAUCAGCGAAAUGGCUGAGAAUGCUCGCCAGGCCAUGCACCGCGAGAAAGAGACACUCUGGCAUAUCAAACAGCUGUUGUUGAGGUUGCGAGGCGACGACCAUUGGAUUCCUGUCGGCAAGCUCGAAUCCGAACACGAUCAUAUGCUUCUCGAUCCCACCGCUGCCCACACCGACGACAACUUGUCAACCACCAUGCCUCCCGAGACCUCCGCUAUAGACCACUACAGACCCGACACCAAUAACACAAUCUCACAACAAGACCCGCUGCAGCAGAACGACUCUCAGACAGACGCUCUUGACCAACAACAAAAUCCCUCCAAUACUCUUCCGUCACCCGAUGCCUCGCCCGACGGUGCCAUCCAACACGCAAUGACAACCCGGCGACAAGCACGCACAUCUCCAACGCCCGACCCCAACUUCCCUUCGUCAUCACCUGCACCCUCAUCCAUACCAUCAAUCCACGCCUUCUUCCACGUCCCAGAUUCCGCACUACCGGAUCGUGACUACGGUCUCCCAGCCAGUGAAGCUAACGAUACACGCCGUCUGUUACUCCUCUACUGCCAAAAACAAGAACAAGUCGUUCGCGAGUCGGAACAAAUGCUCGAGGGUCUACUCAAAGCAGAUCGCAUGCGAAAAGACGUCUGGCGCUGGUGCAAAACAGAAGGUCACAUGGGCGAAAUGAGCGACGGAGAAGACUGGUACGAUGUGGACGAAUGGAACUUGAGCGCGCCUCUACAAAAAGGCAAGGAAGAAGAAGAGGUGGAAGAUGAAGGCAGGGUAAAAGGUAGACGUAGACGCGGUGCCCAGCACUAA